UUCUGCCCCUGGAAGUCGCUGCAGUAGCAGUAGUAGCAUUUGUUAUUUCCUGGAUGUAGGGAGUUGAAAGGGAGAGAAGAAACAACCAACUGUAAAAUAACUUACUUUCGGGCUCACACUGGGAUGUUAUGUGCUGGAGCUGGAACAAAAUAUUGCCGUAGCAGACUGCAGUGGAGAGGGCUUUCUACAAGGUCCCAUGUUGUUUUCUCCUUCUGUCACUGGCCUAAAAGCAACUAGAGCAGAAUGCUGCAGUUGCAAAACUCGAAAAGCCACAGCAGAAAUAGAGGAAGUGGUUAGGUGCUGAAGUGUGGUGCUAUGAGGACGAAUCAGGAAGUCGGAGAGUGACAGCCACUCUGUGAGACCUGUCCAGACAAGCGUGAGACAAAGAAGCCUAACUCUGUGGUCUUCACCACCUGUGGUAAAUGGAGAGAAGAGAAGCAGUUUUUAUUAAUUUUUUUACAGGCAGCUGUGCUAUUGGCAGAUCACCCACAGGCAAUCAGGUUGGAUCUCAGCCAUCACAAAGCACUUAGCUACUGCACCUCUUGAGCAUGCAGAACCACACGCUGUGCUUGGCUUUCAAGUGCUUUUAUGAUGGUUAUAAUUGUUUGACAUGAUUCAGUUUGGGAUUAGUAAGAGAAGAGCACAUGCAGCCUAUUAGGCCAUUCUUUUCUGGCUUCAAUCACCCUCCUCCGAGAGUUAGGGGUCUUCUCUGCUUUGAAACCCCAUAGCAUUGCAACUCAUACCACAAUGACAUUUGAACGCACACCUGAAGAAUGUAUGGGUCUGUGGACUUGUGAUUCAUCAUGCUUCUCUGAAUCACCUGCUGUGAGAAAGUGCAGAUGAUUCCCCCGGGGACAGUGACUCGGCAGUGACAUCACACCGGAGCCGUGAGAGCAGGCAGAGGGACGACGCCGGCCAGCAUCGCGCCGAUCACAAUCUCCCCAUCUGUCACCUGACUCAUGUGGUCCAGCCGAGCGGCGGUUGGCUACUAGCGGCCAGCUGAUUUGUGCCAGGGAACUACAACCUCAAAACAGCUGGUGACCUUUGUGAAUUUGCCGCAUUAAAAAGGACAGGUCUCCCCUGAACAUGGAGACUCUCUCUCAGGACUCGAUCUUGGAGUGCCAGAUCUGUUUCAACUACUACAGCCCCAGGAGGAGGCCCAAGCUGCUGGACUGCAGACACACCUGCUGCUCUGUGUGCCUGACCCAGAUGAGGAGCAGCCAGAAGGAGAUCCGCUGCCCGUGGUGCCGCGGCGUCACCAGGCUCCCCGCCGGCCUCUCCGUCUCCCAGCUCCCGGACGACCCCGACAUCAUCACCGUCAUCGCCAUCCCGCACGCCUCCGAGCACACGCCCGUGUUCAUCCGCCUCCCCAGCAACGGCUGCUACAUGCUGCCCCUCCCCCUCGCCAAGGAGCGGGCGCUGGGUCUCCCGGGCGACCUGGGCUGCCGCUUCCUCCCCGGAGCAGGAGCUGGGCAGAAGGGCAUGACGAUGGUGGCAGUGCCCGAGCAGCAGCCGCUGUCCCUGGGCAUGGACCUGGACCUGGACGGGGUGGGGGUGGGGCUGGAGGUCGGGGAGGGCGAGCGGAGGGGCGGCGGCGGCGGCGUGGGCGGGGGGAAGGGCUCCACGUGGUCGGGCGUGUGCACGGUGAUCCUGGUGGCGUGCGUGCUGCUCUUCCUGCUGGGGAUCGUGCUGCACAACAUGUCCUGCAUCUCUAAGCGCUUCACGGUCAUCUCCUGCGGCUGAGCGCCACAGCCCCGGCCAAGCCCCCGACCCCCCCCACCUCCUCCACCCACGCCCACCCCACCUACCCACCCCUCCCCAACCCAACAAAGACUCCCCCAGAAGUCCGCCCCUCCUCCUUGGUCCCUGGAACCACACUGGGGACAGGACUAAACACUCAUCAUGGCUGUUUGAAGACAUCAUGGAUGGAACAGAUUGAGGGAGAGAGAAAAAGAGACAAACAAUGGGGGGGGGGGAAAGAACGACAAACAUGCUUGAAAUUCUGUGGAUUGAGAGGAUGCUGGACAGACACAUAGAGACACACACCCACACACAGGCACUAUACAGUACAUUAUACAUUAUGAACAGGUUAAUUCCCUGGUCCAAACGAACCAGGUUCUGCCCAGCCUAAUCUACUAAUCUAAACACACAGAGACACCUUCAUAUUUGCUAGUUGGCCUGUUUUCUGUGGUCAGUAGAUUUCCAUCAGUUGCGAUGUUGUUUUAGCUAAGUGUCAGUUGUACUGACUCCGUACCAUCAGUGUCUCCAGCUGGAGUUGCAAUAUCGAGUGUUUUGGACUGCUUUCUGUUCUCUGGUGCUGCAGUGUUUAACUAUGUAACAGUCAACUUGUAGCCAAGUCUUAUCCACGGGAGGGAUUCCCAAAUCAAUACCGGUCCCACUUUCUUGCUGAAAAAGAAUGCUACCUUUUUGACAAUAAGUCAUGUAGUUUAUGUCAGUAUGUGGCAAUGUUUCCUUAAACAAAAAACAGGGAUGAAUUGUGUAUUCUAUGUCACACUGUAUAAAGUUAUCCAGCCUAUCUUCAGAUGGAAAGCACAGUUUUUUGGUCGACACACACACAUACACCCACACACACUGGACUAGAGAUGUGUAACUGACAUGUUAAUCAACCAGCCUCUUGGAGAGAAUAUCCUGACAUUACUUUUAACGAAGGACCUUCUCGCUCUGUCCAGGUCAGACAUAUCGCCCACUCUCCAUCGAUUCGCUUAAUCUCCAUACAGUCUUUGAUCUACAUUACAUCAGCUGGGUGUGAGAUUGUGUGAAAUUGGGGGGGGGGGGCGUUGUCGGGAGUGGUCGAACCCUGUAGGGUUUUACUUAAAGAUGAACUGCAGUGAUUUAUCAGCUUUUUUUAAACCACGGCUAUCAUCUUAUUCUCUUUCCACGCCGUGGUAAAAAAAUAUAACAAAAAGGCUGAAAAAAAAGACCAUCUCUUUACUGUUUUAAAGCAAUUUUUGUGUACAGUACAAGCAAACAGGGUGAACUCUUUUGUAUAGCCUAUUUACAGAAUGAUUGUAUUUCCUUGUAUUUGAUUUCCUGUUCUUCUUUGUUUCCAUGUUCUAAUCUGUUAGUGUUAGAAGCUUGGUCUUAGACCAGUGUUUAUGGCGGGUGGUUUGUUGGAGCUGAUGUUGGCCUGGGUGAUGCUCUGGCUUUUUCAUCCAAUCCUGGGGGGACUGUGAGGAACUAUGACACUGCACUUAUAGAGGAAGCUGUCAACAUGACAGACUCCAUUUUAGGUUUGUUGACUGGCAGACCCUUAAUUUGGCGAUCUAUCAUCCUCCAUGUUCCUGAAGGGUUUUUAGGAGUCGUAGCUUCUUGGUAGCCAUUGAUGGUCCACCAUGCUUCUUAAGGGGAGAGAAGCUGUUUGUGUUGGUGUAUUUGGAGUGGGGCUCGCUAGGGGUAUGAACCUGCCUAGUUGCUGUGUAAACAAACACACUCGCCGUCCAACGGCACGUCCAGCUCCCUCCUCCUCAUCCCCCUCCUCAAAUGUUUGUGUGACCUGUCUCCAUGAUGCCCCCUUGCUCAGUCAUGGUGCUCAGUCUGCAAAGAGGAUGUGAGAGGAGGAAGAGAAGAGAAGGAGGAGGAGAUGAGCGAUGAAUGGCAGACAUUCAUACACCUCUGGUGUAAUGAACUGGUGUACAACCCUCUGGUUCACCAGGGAUUUAGUGACCAGGACCUGCUUCAGGUCUAUUUACCUUGUGCUAGUAUAGUAGCUGACCGACAUUGGAACAGGAUUAAAAUUCCACAAAAAUGAAUGGUGCCAAUGUUCUACAGAGUGUAGAGUCUGCAUCUGAAAAUAGAUAAGAAGGAUGAACAGCAAUAACACACCCAGUCAGGCUUGCAUUGCUGUUACCGGCCCUCUAUCUCAUGGUUCUGUGGCUUGGCUAGUCGUAAGCCUGUGAUCUUUUAUAGGGAAAUAACAUGGAAUGUUUAGGAACGCAGUCCUUGUUCUGAUUAUAAGUCAAGAUGCAAUGCAUGUGAUGCUGCUUGAUAUGUGUGUAGAGGAAAC